AUGAAAUUCAUUGCCACCGUUUUAAUUGUUCUCUGUCUUGUCGUUGCCUCUGCUCUCUCUGCUGACACGGUCACCUAUAUCAAGCUUACUGGUUGUGGUGGUAGCAGACCAAGUGAAUGUACCCAAAAAUACACUGUUGAUGAAUGCACCCCUGAUAAUCUAUGUGGUACCAUGGCAGAUCCCACCCAAUGGAUCAUAGUCUCUGCCCUCAGCGGAAAGACCUACAAUAUUAGCAUGUAUAGUGAUAUGUAUUGUGCCACCACCCUAUCCACCAUAACGAGCACUUGCGAUGAAUGCAACACCCAAACCAAUCUUACAACCGAUUGUCCAUCCACUGGCUCAGCUCUCGUUGUAGGUUCAUUCACCGUCUUUAUGGGUCUUCUCCUAUCCCUUCUCCUCUAA